GUGUCUUGGACUCGCUGAGACUUCACUACUCUCCCCACACACAGACUACACAAAAAAACCGAAAGCAAUAAAAAGAAAAAGGCACUGACAAGAAAGGCAAAAAUAGCUGAUUUUUAGAGAGAGAAACACCGAUUUUAUAAUUCUAGAGAGAGAGAAAAAGAAUAACAAAGUGAUGCUCCCUUUGAUUAACUCGAAUUUUCCAGUGUUUGGAUAAACCGAUGCAUCUGGAUUAGGAGAGGUAGUAUUGGGAAACAAUUAUUUUUUUGCACCUAUAACGAUUGCGUGAAUGCUGAAGACAAUCUGAAACAAAUCCAUAUUCAAUUGAUUAGUGCUGACUGGUUUACAGUUAUCCUACUGAGCCGAGUUGCAACAUAAGAUUUGUCCAAGUUUUACUUGCAUGCACUGAAAUUCAUAAUUGUUUUCGUGACUGCUGAUGCAUCCUGUGUUUAUUCGUGGUUACCUCUGCUGGUUUGUUUUGUUGGGGCAUCUUUUUCUAUCUGCUAUUUCGAUUAGUUCAGGGAAGUACAAAGAAACGAUUUCUGAGUCAGAAAAUGGAAUACUUAACUACUCUCGAUUUUUUUCAAGUGAAAUUUCUGAUAUCAGCACCUCUACCUCUGUUGAAAAUUCAAGUUCUUCAUCCCUCUUGAAGGAUUCAGUAUCUUGUGAGGAACUGGAAGGUGUUGGGUCGUUCAACACUACCUGCUUGCUGAAUUCAAACUUGAAUUUAACUUCCGAUCUUUAUGUAUUUGGUACUGGAAACAUAGAGAUACUUCCUCAUAUUUCAAUUGAAUGCCCCAUAGAAGGAUGUUCCAUAAGUUUCAAUAUAUCUGGCAAUGUCAAAGUGGGUCAACAUGCCACUAUCAUUGCUAGUUCCAUACUUUUUUCUGCAGCCAAUUUGUCAGUGGAACCAAAUUCGGUUAUGAAUACGACAUCCUUGGGUGGUCCACCACCUUCUCAAACUAGUGGUACACCAGUUGGAUACGAUGGAGCUGGUGGAGGACAUGGUGGCCGAGGUGCAUCCUGCUUGAAAGACAACCAGACCAAUUUUUGGGGUGGUGAUGUUUAUGCUUGGUCUACUUUGUCUGAGCCAUGGAGUUAUGGGAGUAAGGGCGGUGGGACUUCUGCUGAACAUCAGUUUGGAGGGAGUGGUGGAGGACGCAUUAUGCUUGAAGUGAAAGACACACUACAUUUGAAUGGAUCUGUAACUGCAGAAGGAGGGGUUGGAGGAUUAAAUGGGGGAGGAGGAUCUGGUGGAAGCAUCAUUGUACAUGCUAGAAAGCUGAAGGGAUUUGGUACUAUAAGUGCAGCAGGUGGGAGGGGAUGGGGUGGAGGCGGAGGUGGAAGGAUAUCACUGAAGUGUUACAGCAAACAAGAAGAUGUAAAAGUCACUGUGCAUGGAGGUUUGAGUAUUGGCUGCCCUUGGAAUGCUGGAGCAGCAGGUACCUACUUUGAUGCAUCUGUACAGAGUUUAAGAGUUAGCAAUGACAAUGUCACAACAGAAACGGAAACUCCUUUGCUGGAUUUUUCUACUAGCCCACUGUGGUCAAAUGUUUAUGUGGAGAACAAUGCAAAAGUUUUGGUGCCUCUGCUUUGGACCAGAGUUCAGGUGAGGGGCCAAAUUAGUCUACUUCGCGGGGGGAACAUUAUAUUUGGAUUGUCUGAGUAUCCAAUUUCAGAAUUUGAGCUUGUUGCAGAGGAACUUCUAAUGAGUGACUCCAUUAUAAAGGUCUAUGGUGCACUCAGAGUUGCUGUCAAGAUGUUACUCAUGUGGAACUCCAAAAUCCAAAUCGACGGUGGUGGAAAUACUGUUGUUACUACCUCUAUUCUUGAAGUCAGGAAUCUCAUUGUUUUAAGGGAGAACUCUGUGAUAAGUUCAAAUACAAAUUUGGCUGUAUAUGGUCAGGGACUUCUGAAGUUAACCGGUCGUGGUGAUGCAAUUAAAGGCCAGCGACUUUCCUUGUCACUAUUUUAUAACAUUACUGUUGGGCCAGGUUCUUUACUUCAAGCUCCAUUGGAUGAUGAUAAAAGUAGAAGCGUGGCAACAAAACCCAGGUGUGAGAGUUCAACAUGCCCAAUCGAUUUGAUAACUCCACCAGAUGAUUGCCAUGUUAAUUAUACGCUGUCAUUUUCACUGCAAAUUUGCCGAGUUGAGGAUAUUUUGGUGACUGGUCUCAUUAGGGGAAGUAUCAUUCACAUUCACAGGGCACGGACUGUCAUUGUUGAUUCUGAUGGCAUGAUUACCGCAUCAGAAUUUGGUUGCAGAAAUGGUAUUGGUAAAGGAAACUAUUCGAAUGGUGCUGGGGGUGGUGCUGGACAUGGGGGAAGAGGGGGUUCAGGAUUUUUCAAGGGGAGGGUGAGUGAGGGUGGUAACAGAUAUGGUAAUGCUGAACUUCCUUGUGAGUUAGGAAGUGGAACUGAGGGCCCUAAUGAGUCUUACGGACAUGCGGCUGGAGGUGGAAUGAUUGUGAUGGGAUCCAUUCAGUGGCCACUUUCAAGGGUUGUUAUGUAUGGAUCUAUGGUGGCUGAUGGUCAAAGCUAUAGUCGAGCAACAAGAAACAGUAAUGGAACUUUGAUAGGCGGACUUGGUGGAGGUUCUGGCGGGACUAUUCUUCUUUUUCUUCAAGCACUUGCCAUUUUGGAGAACUCCUCCCUAUCUGUUUCUGGGGGCCAUGGUGGUCCUCUUGGUGGUGGUGGGGGCGGUGGUGGAAGAGUGCAUUUUCACUGGUCUAAGAUAGGUAUGGGCAACGAGUAUGUACCUCUUGCAGCUGUAAAUGGUACCAUCAACAGUAGUGGGGGUUCUGGGGAUGAUGGCGGUCUUCAUGGAGAGGAAGGCACAGUUACAGGAAAGAAAUGCCCUAAGGGUCUCUACGGUACAUAUUGCGAGGAAUGCCCUAUUGGCACUUACAAAGAUGUUGAAGGCUCUGAUGCAUGUCUUUGCACUCCUUGUCCACUUGAGUUACUUCCUAACCGUGCAAAUUUCAUAUAUGUAAGAGGUGGAGUUACUCAACCGUCUUGUCCCUAUAAAUGUAUAUCUGACAUAUACAGGAUGCCAAAUUGCUAUACACCAUUUGAGGAGCUCAUAUAUACAUUUGGAGGGCCAUGGCCUUUUGCAUUACUGUUAUCAUGCGUUUUGGUGCUUCUAGGUCUGUUGCUAAGUACUUUGCGGAUCAAACUGGUUGGAUCUAGCUCUUCUUAUCAAACUGCGAAUUCAGUUGAACACCACAGUCAUCACCGUCUCCCUUCUCUUCUGUCCUUAUCAGAGGUACGGGGAACCAGAGCUGAAGAAACCCAAAGCCAUGUUCACAGAAUGUACUUUAUGGGACCCAAUAACUUCAGAGAACCUUGGCAUCUUCCAUACUCUCCUCCCAGUGCAAUUAUUGAGCUUGUAUAUGAAGAUGCUUUUAACAGAUUUAUUGAUGAGAUUAACUCUGUUGCUGCAUAUGACUGGUGGGAAGGGUCAGUUCACAGCAUACUCUCAGUGCUUGCAUAUCCUUGUGCCUGGUCAUGGAAACAAUGGCGAAGGAGAAAUAAAAUUCAUCGCCUUCAGGACUAUGUGAAGUCUGAAUACGAUCAUUCUUGCCUGCGCUCCUGUCGAUCACGAGCUCUGUACAAAGGAAUGAAGGUUGGAGCAUCGCCAGACUUGAUGGUUGCAUACAUCGACUUCUUCCUUGGUGGUGAUGAGAAGCGUUUAGACAUGGUAACAAGUAUACAGAAGAGAUUCCCCAUGUGCAUAAUUUUUGGUGGUGAUGGAAGCUAUAUGUCACCCUAUAAUCUUCACAGUGAUGCGUUGAUGACAAACCUUCUUGGCCAGCAUGUCCCUGCAACUGUCUGGAAUCAUUUGGUGGCUGGUCUGAAUGCCCAGUUUAGGACAGUGAGGCAAAGUUCCAUUCGUUCUGCUCUGGUCCCUGUUAUUGAAUGGAUAAAAAGUCAUGGAAACCCCCAACUUGAGUUUCAUGGGGUUAAAAUUGAGAUUGGAUGGUUCCAGGCUACUGCUACUGGUUAUUAUCAGUUAGGUAUUUUGGUACUGGUUGGUGAUUUUUCUCUCCACAAUCUGCACCAUUCGGAUUUCACGGACAGAAGUAUUGACGAGUUUCCGAGGAAAGUUGUCACUGUUGCACAGAAAAGUCUUAUGAAGCAUCAGCAGAGUCAGACUUGUAUGAGUAAUGCAUUAUCUCGUAAAAGAAUUUCUGGUGGAAUUAAUGGAGGUCUUAUAAAUGAUGCCACCUUGAAAUCUUUGGAUUUUAAAAGGGACUUUCUCUUUCCAUUUUCUCUGUUAUUGCACAAUACCAGACCCAUUGGACGUCAGGACACACUACAGCUACUGAUCUCUAUCAUGCUUUUGGCAGACCUUUCCAUUACCCUCCUUACGUUGGUGCAGUUCUAUUGGAUAUCUCUUGGAGCUUUUCUUGCUGUUUUGCUUAUUCUUCCUCUAUCCUUGCUUUCUCCAUUCCCAGCAGGCCUGAAUGCCUUAUUCAGUAAAGGACCAAGGAAGGCUUCACUUGCUCGAAUCUAUGCAUUGUGGAAUGCUACCUCUCUGUCGAACGUUGUUGUGGCUUUCGUCUGUGGCACAUUUUAUUAUGGAAUUUCCUCUUUGCAGCCACCUGAAGAGUCAAAUGUAUGGAAUACUAGAAGGGAGGACGACAAAUGGUGGCUUUUGCCCACAAUCCUGUUGCUAUUCAAGUCAAUACAAGCUCGUUUCGUCGACUGGCACAUAGCUAAUCUAGAAGUCCAAGAUUUUUCACUCUUCUGCCCAGAUCCUGAUACAUUUUGGGCCCAUGAAUCUAUUUAGUGACAUACAGAGUCCAAUGCCCCAGAAGAGAGAAUAUUCGUCACAGCUUCUGUUUUAUGCUAACAGGACCAGGAAGCAGCAGACAGGUUCAGCCACCCAUCGUGUAUAUAUGUCCGAAUUUGUAAAAAUCCCUGAUAUACGUGCAGUUUUCUUCUGUAACCAUAGCAACCUGAGCACUUGAGAGAGAUAGCAUGUAAAGAAGAUAGAGAAGUAGUCUCCUCAUUUUAUAGGGAAGUAGAUUCAUCAUUCUUUUUUCUGCUUGAAAAUAUUUGUUAGAAGGAAUGCACAGCAAUUUCUAAUCUUUAGUCACCCAUUUUGGUUCUUUCUUCUUUUACCUUCGCGAUUUAAGGAACGACGACUUGUAAAUAUUUGUGAUGAUUUUGGUACAUUUAACUUUUUCUUCUUUGGAUAAA